CACGCCGUACAUUUCACUCCCUCCAUAUUUUCGAACUGGACUUGGCUGCUGAACAAAUCAGCAGCAGCUGCUUACAACCAAUCCCUGUUGAACAGAUCAAAACUUAGACACAUGUUCAGCCGGGAUUGGUUGUAAGCAGUAGCUGCUGCUGAUCUGUUUAGCAGCGAAGUUCUAUCCCAUAUUUUCCUUCUCUUCCUCCUUUUUCUUCUCCUUGUUUUUGGUUGUCGGUGGGCUGAGAGUUUCAGUGCGUUCAACUGCCAUGGCUUCCUCUCUCGUUUCCAUACCAUUCCUCGGAGCUCCAACCACCAAUGCCCUUUCUGGUCUUCGGACCACCUCGUCCUCCGUUCAAUUUGUGAUGCGCCCUAGAACCGCAAAGAAACUACAGGUGCAGGCAGCCGGGAACAUUACCGGGAAUCAUUUUCGUGUUACAACUUUUGGGGAAGCUCAUGGAGGUGGUGUUGGUUGUGUAAUUGAUGGAUGCCCUCCUCGUUUGCCCCUCUCCGAAAAGGAUUUGCAGGGUGACCUUGAUAGAAGGAGGCCAGGCCAGAGUCCAAUUACUACCCUUAGGAAGGAAACUGACACAUGCCGAAUACUUUCGGGAGUUCAUGAAGGAGUGACAACUGGGACACCAAUUCUUGUGCUUGUACCCAAUACUGAUCAGAAAGGACGUGUUUAUGACGAAAUGUCGGUAGCUUAUAGGCCUUCGCAUGCAGAUCGAACUUAUGACCAGAAGUAUGGAAUCAGAUCGGUGCAGGGUGGUGGUAGAUCUUCUGCUAGAGAAACAAUUGGAAGAGUUGCUGCUGGAGCCCUUGCCAAGAAAAUCCUCAAGGCUUUCUCAGGAACUGAGGUCCUAGCUUAUGUUUCACAAGUUCAGAAGGUUGUGCUGCCCGAGGAAUUGGUUGAUCAUCACACUUUGACACUCGAUCAGGUGCGAUAAUGAAUAUUAAUUUAAGAUCUUUCGUAGCAAGCCACUCGAGAGUAGCAACAAAAAAUGAGAGUCCAGGAAAAGGAAUAGCAUUCCAAUCUGUCUCAUUCCUUUAUAAGUGAGGUGCAGACUAAAACUCUGACUGUUAUUGUAGUCUAUAAAGUAAUUACCGGGAGGCUUCUCCAUUCAUAUUCAAACAGUACCUCACAUCUACAAACUUGAGUACCUCAAUUUGCAGCAUGACGUUUUAGGCUUUUGAUCUUGGCAGCAGUUGUCUCCACGGCUCUAUGAACACCAACGGCAGCCUCUUCCGCCUUGUUCAUCUUCAAAGGUUAAACCUCUCUGACAAUAACUUCAAUUACUCUCAAACUCCAACCAGCAUUAGGAAAUUUCCCAAGCCUUACUCAUCUUGACCCCUUUAGCUCUGUCUUUUCUGGUCAAGUCCCUUCUCAAGUUUCAUUGUUUAUCCAAGUUGACAUACCUUGAUCUAUCUCUCAAUCUCGAUAGAUUGUCAAAAAUGAGAAUCGUCUUGAAACUUGCAACAUCGGAUCUUGGCAGCCUAGUUCAAAACUAAACUAGUCUAGGAGUACUUUCUCUCAACUUCGUAAACAUAUAAUGGCUAAUUUAUCAUCUUUGACAACCCUAGCCCUCAGGAACUGUCACCUGUUUGGUGAAUUUCCGGUGAGAAUUUUCCGACUACCAAACUUAGAAAGUCUUAAUGUGAGAACCGAGGUCUGACUGGAUAUUUUCCUGAAUUUAAUCGAACUAGUCCUCUCAUGGUUCUGAAAGUUUCCUAUACCAAGUUUUUCGGGAACAUACCUUAUUCGUUAGGAAAGCUUGAUUCACUGCUAGAGUUGGAUGUGGUUCAUUGCUAAUUUUCGAAAGGGUUGGUUCCAGCGAUUGAUUGGCUAUGCAGCUCACUUAUCUAGACAUU